GACAACAUAGUAUUUAGUUGAAAAAGAGUAUUUGAUUUUAUAGAAAGAGGGCCUCUGUUGUGGGCCUCACUGUGCUCGGGUUGGCCCUCUUUGCAUCUGACGACGUAAAAAUAAACAAAGUCGAGACUGUAUCUAUGUGCAAUUUAAAUCCUUUGCCUUCCAUUUUCCAAUUAGUAAAAAGUUAACGUAGUCGUACAAAAACAUGGUUGUUUUUCAGCUUUCUUCCUCCGAGACUAUUUUCAAUUAUUGUUUAUUUAUUAAUAUUUUGUUUCUAAGUAGAAUGAAGUCGAUCAAAGAUUUAUGAAUUGUAAAACUCUACACAAGUACUUACUUUAUGUAAAUAACCUUCUAAGUUAGCGUCUCCAGUGUUUUGAAAUAGUAAAAUUGUUAUUGGGAUAAACAUGACUUUUAUUAAUAGUCAGUGAAUAAAGGAUAAUUCAGAAUGGUUGUUGGAUCAGCAUCGUAUCCAGGGAGGCAAGUACUCCACAAAAUGCAGCCGAUGGGUAUGACUCCUCGCGAGCUCUCCGAGUAUGACGAUUUGGCAACUGCACUCAUAGUGGAUCCCUAUCUUGGUAUCACUACACAUAAAAUGAAUAUUCGGUAUAGACCCAUCAAAACAAAUAAGGAGGAAUUGAAAAAUAUUGUAAAAGAGUUUAUUCAAACCCAAGACUACAGUAAAGCCUAUUCCAAAUUAGCUAAUGGAGAAUGGAUGCCAAGGCACUUUAGUAAAAAUAAACAUCAGCAGAGCAAGUUAAGGGAGCAUCUAUACAGAUAUCUAAGAGUUUUUGACAAGAAAGCUGGCUUUGUCAUAGAACCAUGUUAUAGAUACUCUUUAGAGGGUCAAGUUGGAGCUAAAAUUUCGACUACCAAAAAGUUUUUCAAACAUGAAAGGAUAGACUUCUUAGUUGGUUGUAUAGCUGAGAUGACAGAAGAUGAAGAAAAACAGUUACUCCAUCCUGGGAAAAAUGACUUUUCAGUGAUGUAUAGUUGUAGAAAAAAUUGUGCACAGCUUUGGCUCGGCCCUGCAGCCUACAUAAAUCAUGACUGUAGACCAAAUUGCACAUUUGAGGCCACAGAUCGUGGUAAAGCAUUUGUUCGUGUUUUGAGAGACAUUGAGGUAGGAGAAGAAAUCACCUGUUUUUAUGGUGAAGAUUUCUUUGGAAAUGGGAAUUGUUAUUGUGAAUGUGAAACAUGUGAAAGACGUGGAAAAGGUGCAUUUUCUGUGAAAAGUGAACACAAUGAAGAGCAAGCCACUAGGUAUAGAUUUAGAGAAACUGAUAAUAGAAUUAACAGGACAAAAGCUAAACAAAUCCAGAAAACUGUAAAUGGCAAAAAUAAUGACAAAUCAAGAGUUUCUAGCAGACAAAAUGCAAAUAUUGUCUCUCCACUUAGCAUGAAAGAAAUGAAACAAAAAGGCUUGACCAAAUAUGAUGCUGAAUUAUUAAUAGCUCAGGGCUGUAUUGCAGAUGUUGUAGAUGCUAAUGUUAGUAAAGAAAUUCAGGGCAGUAGAGAAUCUUCUGCUUCAAGCCGUGGAGACCGCUUAAGAAGAAGAACUGAUAGUAAUCGAUUGACAAAUGGAACAGUCACAUCCCCUGCUAAUACAAAACAUAGAGCACCACCUUCACGAUGUUGCAGUACAACUAGUUCUCGAAGUAGUAGAGAUUCACAUUCAGGUAUAGUCUUACGAAGUCAUAAACGCCUUUUAGAUUCUGGUUUACAAACAACUUGCUCUAAAGCAAAAACUAAAGUGAAUGAAGUGGUUGUUGCAAAGGAAGAGAAUAACCUGAUAACUACUGAAGAAGAACACAAUGUAAUUGGUACUUCAGAGAUAAACAAGAUAUCUAUUGAAACAGAUUCUAUUAAUAUGUAUCAAAAGAAUAAUUUGUUGGAAACAGAAUCUGAUAAUAUUACUGAAACAGACCUAGAACAAACUGACCAUUGUGAUACUAAAGAAUCUCUACAGCAACCUUUACAGUCAAAUCCUGAAGUAAAUCAGGUAGACACUGAAAGUUGCUCUGAAGGUACGAACAAAGAAAUUGUGGAUGAAAGUGUAAGUGAUAAUAUAUGUUCUAAAAGUGAGAUUUAUGAUUUUAGAGAAAAUAUUAAUCCAAGUGAAUUAACAAAAGAUAAUAAAACUAACAAAACAUGUAAAGUAGAAAUGUCUAAUCGAAAUGAGGAAUCUAGCAAAGAAUUGGAAUCAGGACCUCCUUGGUUAGCUGACAAUUCAAAUAAGAGCAGUGAGUGUCCUUGCACUCCUCCUCGCAGAGGAUUGAAACUAACUUUGCGUGUAAAGAGAAGUCCAGUUGUCGAAGAGGUGAUGGAUUGUGGUGCCCCAGCAGAGGUACCAGAGUAUGAAGUGUUACGGUUAGAAGGCGUGGAUCCGGAGACUGUACGCCGUCUCAAGAAGCGGCGUCGUUCUAAAGAGCGCCACCGUAAACACAGCCCAAUCCGUCCCUUGCCUCCAAUGAAACGCUUAAGGCUUAUUUUCGGUAAUGAAAGUCGUACUAUUGAUUUGCCCACUGCUAUAUCUGCAGACUGACAGCCGCAAUUACCUUAUGGUUAUUUUUCCACCGUUAUUCAAUUAUUAGUUUAAUUGUCAUUGACUAUAGGAUAUUUUAUCUAGUAUUUAUUUUGUGUUGUGAAGUUCUGAGUAUUGUGUGAUAGAAAUCAUAAUAUUAUUUGAUGACUCCAAGGUAAUAUUUGUUAAUAAAAUUCUAAUGCACUAUUCACAGUCAGCAUCCUAUUUAUCAAUAUCCACAAACAUACUUGUUACAUGAGUUCAAUAAAUUGUAAAGGUAUGAGAAAUGUAAACCAUCUAUAAACUUAGGUAAAUUUGGUAUUAUACAAUUUUAGAUUUUUAGUAUACACUGAAGCUAAAAGUGGGUUGUUUUAAUUUAACUUUAAUUUACUAAUUAGUAUAAUUAUAUACUAAUUAGAUUUAAUUUUUUAAUUAUUUUUCCCAAGGUCUUUCUUGAAGUAUCGUGUUUUUUAGAGUUCUUACUACUACUUACCUACUUCUUUUAAAAAAAUCUGUUUGGAUGUCAUAGAAACAAUAUUAUUGCAUUAUGGUGUGUUUUUUAUAUCUUGCAAAUAGAGCAGAGGCCUCAUGUGACUACCUUUUUAAGUAAGUACGCUAUUAACAAAACUUUUUUUAAAUUGAUUCCAUUUUUUUCUUUACCACUGAUAUGUAACCACUAGUGAUGUAACGAAAGUAAUUUUUUGUACAUUCGCGAAUGCGAAUGUCUGGUACCGACAUUCGCGAAUGCGAAUGCGAAAUUUAGUUUUAUUUUAAAUUGGCGCCAAUUGUCUAUGGCAUGGUGGCAGUCUCGUUCGAAUUGCCGAGUUGAUAUGAACUUAUCUGACUGAAGUGUCAUUCCGUUCCGGUCUUUCCGUAAACAGAACAAGUGAAUUUUGAGGUUAGUGAUUGUGAGUGGUAAUAGUGAUUUAUUAACAUGAGUAAAUCGAAUUCUAGUGAAACAUGGAUUUAUUUCACACUUUGCGAUGCUGAACGAGCUAAAUGCAAACUGUGUAACAAUGAAUGUUCAAGGAAAGGCAGAACUACAACUUCUUCAAUUUUUUUUUCAAAUAUUCAUAUUCGCAAAACAUCGCAGAGAUUUUGCGAAUAUUCGUUACAUCACUAAUAACCACUGAUACAUAAUUGAUGUACUUGAGCUUACCACUGGUGUCGGUUCACACAUGAUUCUAAUAUUCAUGAUUCUUUCAUGAAAGCUAAACUUAAAUUUUACAACAAUGUAUCCUUGUCAUUCCCUAUACAGAAUGAAAAGGAGAGACUGAUGUUAAAUUUAGUUUUAUGUUUAGAGAAUGAUGCCAGAAUCGACACCACUGUCCAGCUUAAGCAAGGUAUACCUAUUUGUAACUACUGAGAAAAGAGAAAUUGUUUUCUCUGUUUGUGUAUAAUAUUAGAUUUUAAUGCUGAUUGUACAUUUUAAAUGCCAUUUUAUUGGUAUCUAAAAUUGUAUGUGUAUAUUGACAAUUGUUUUAUGUCAAUUUUCAAGAAACAUUCUUGCUUCUCCAAAAUACUUUAAUUCAUAUCAUAAUGUUUAGUACCUACAUCAAGAAUCUGUAUUUGUGGCAACGCAAGUUCAAUUACUUAGCCACAUAAAUGUAAGAUGAAUUAACUUGUUAUUUUAGUGUCCCAUUUAUCUCUCAAGAACUAUUUAAUUGUAAUUUUUAUUAUUUAAGAUUUUUGAAAAUCUAUCACAAUAGUUACAAAAAUUUAACAUUGAUAAUAUGUAAACUUAAUUUUUCAAUUAGUCAAAUGGCACCCAUUUUGUUGAUCAAAAUGUUGGCGUCUCGUAAGAAAUAUUCAUCGACUUUUUUGUGUGCUUUAACAUUUUAAUAAUAUUUUCCGCGGCUUGUGAUUAGGAUUAAGAUUAGAUAAAAUUGUGAAUAAAGUGGUCAAUGGAAACCAUUUCCUCUUUUUAAAUUAAUAACAUUAGAGACUGUUCACAUAUUACAUAAUAUUUAAUUUAAUUCAGUAACUUCCAAUAAGUUUGUGUAAAUUUAGGGAGCAUGAAUUUAGUUAUUCAUACACUCAAUGCGACUAUGUGUUUUUCAGUAGUAUCUAUUUAAACACAUAAAUGGCGUAACAAUCAGGAAAUCAUAACUGUAUAACUGUAGAUAGCUUAAGGUAGUCGCAUUUUUGUUUCUUUCGUUAUUAGCUGACAUACCAUAGAUAACUGUAACAGCCUGCACAGAUGAGGGGUUUUUGUCCGCAUUUAAGAUCGCUUACAACUGCAUCGAGUAAAACACACGAGGGAUUUCAAAUACUGCGUACAAAAAGACUCCCGAAUAAAUAACCAUGGACACCGAGAGACCGGGCUAAAGAAAAGUGCGUGUCAUCCCCGAAAAAAAAAGAACUAACGCAGAACUUUAGUCGUGUUGCGCGCUCGAUCCCAUUUAAAGAGAUCCCUGUAUUUUUUUUUAAAACGUAUUCUAGUUAUUCUUAAAUUUCAUGGUAAUUACAACACAAAGUAAUCUGGGAAAAUACGUUUUUCAAAAUUUUCGGACAACUUUCGCACACGAAUGUGCGUUGAGUUCGUGACGAGUCCUUGGAGGACAUUCAGAUUCAGGGAAUUAUAUUCCCCGCGGAUAAGAACCACUCGUGUGCGCAGGCUCUCAACAAAAGAUAUAUGCAGGCACUUCACAUGGUUAUUCGUAUACGCAUAUUUUUUUAUUGUGGUCUAUCAGUUAAUUGUAAAAGCAGUCUCUAUUUUAAAUUCCAGAGUAAGGAUAAUGUACUGCUGUCUAGUUAACAAAUAGCAAUGUGAAGUGUUAACUUAUGAAUCGAUUUGCGGUGCAUCAAAAUGUAUUAUUGGUACUAAGAUACCGAUCUAAAAGGCCGACUCAAUUCACUUGUAUACCAAUAAACUAACAUGUUUAUGUGCGCUUUAUAUCUAUGAAAAUUUUCAAUGAAUUUUUCUUGAGAGUCUUACAUGUAACGGAACUAUGUUCAAUAUCCUGAAUUAUCUCGAUUAUUUGUAUGACCUAUUCUUAGUUGCUAACUGCUGCAUGUUCUUUCUACUCCAAUGACAUGAAAUGGGUUUCAGUGAUGACGGGUAUGAUGUAGGUACAGACGAAUUCAUAAAAUAUUAGCAGGGUCAAUGGUUCAAAAUAUUGUAGACAUUAAAAUAUUUUUAUUAUAAUUAAAAGGAGAUUGCUCAAAUUGGCUUAAAUGUACAAAAAAUAUUG